AUGAGCGCUCUCGACGCCGCCAAGGAUGACGGGACUGUCCAGAUCCCAGUCGCGACCGGUCAAGGUCCCACGACCUCUGUGACCGAAGUACCGGCCGACGACGAAGCUACAAAGGCUGAUAUCGAGAUGGACGUCAAGGAUAUGGGCCAGGUGGCUGGCGGGAAACUGGGCACGGAGACGACAGAGAAGCUACCCCUCGCGCCACCACCCGCUGCCACGCGGCCGAUCUUGCAGCGCAAUGCUCUGCAGCGCGCAGCACUGGAAAUUCCAGGAGGCUCCGCGACACCGACGCCGAUGCCGCAGGCGCCCGCGCCACCCCUGCCGACCGACUCGCUCUCGCUCGCGCAGCUGCGCAAGAUUGUCAGCGAGGUGAACCGGCCCGAGCAACCGGCCUACGACUUUACCUACGCAGACAUGGGCCCACACGCGGAGGAGAUUGAUGAGUGGUUCAUGUAUCAGUUCUGGCAGUGGGUUCGCCUCAGCUCUGCGCAAAAAGCGUUUGAGUGGCACUGGAGUCAAGAGACGGCCGCCGCAGAGGGCGGCUACGAGGUCGCCUGGGAGGACGCCGACCACGAAACCCGCACGCGGUUCGUGCGCGCCGCGAUUGCGGGCGUGCAAUCCAACGAUGCGGCGCUGCGCUCGGCCUCGAUCGGGAAGCUGGUGUAUUUGGUGCUUGGCCGCUGGGGGGACACGGCUGUGCCGCACGCCGCGGCCGAGGAGGAGGGGGAAGGGCGGGACGGGGAUGGUGCGACGAAGGGAAAGGGGACCGGAAGGUCUAUCGCGAGUCUAAUGCAGCUGCAAGCGAUCAAGGCCGGCGUCGAGUGCCUCGCGUCGCUGGAGGGCCUGCCAGUUGUGUGGGAGGCCCUGCGGCACGCCUUUGAGCUGCAAUGGUCUGGGGACGCGCCAAGUGGGCAGGCGGGCGCCGCGCAGGGCAACAGUAGCCAGCAGGAGCCGCACGAUGAGCUGAUGAACCUCAUGACCAUCAUGUACAUUGCACUGCAGGAGGUUCUCAGCGACCCUGAGGACAUGUCCGCGUCGUACGGAAAGCUCCUCGAGCUGCAGCCUCCGCUUACUGAAUUCAUGAUGACGGCAACGACGAAGUUGCGAUGGGACGAGCAGAAUGCGCUCCCGCAAACGCAGAUACUGCUGCUCUUUUGGAAGUCGAUUCUUCUCGUGUUUGGCGGUACUAAGGACUUGCAGCGUGUCAAGAAGGCCAUCAGCGAGCUCAGCGAGAACCAAGGCAAGGAGACGAUUACGGCCUCGCCGCUAGACUACCACGUUUUCCGCCAAGAAAUCACCUCCAAGUACCCAUCAUACGUCCCGCCUAGGCCGGCGAUUCCCCUCGAGGAAGAUAACACCUCCCUGCUUCCGCCGCUUCCCCAACACCCGGCCCGGAACAACGGCGCUAACGGUAUCCUUCCCGCACCGGCAAGUGCACAAAACGGUGGCGGCGCAAGUAUCCUGCACCAGCCAGUGCACAUUGCCACGCCGGCCCCUUCACCGCCACCGUCUCCAGGCGUCGGCGGCAAGGGCGGAAAGAAGCAAAACUACCAGACAAACCAAAACUUCCCGUUCAUGUACCCGCCUCUCGACGCGACCAGUAAUAGCGCCGGUGGAAAGGGGCUCGCGGCGCUCGACGAUAGGAUCAACCGCCGGUGGGAGGGCAGCCAUAUCCCCGCAUCCAUCCUGGAGGCGGGCGAGCUCUUCUCGACGCGUGUGCGGAUGACGAGGGCCACUCGGCAGCUCUGGGACGAGAGGGAGGCGUUUCUCAAAUUUGAGCGUGGCUGGGAGGCGGACGAGGACAACGAUGAUGUGGAGGAGCUGGACCUCAGCGAGCUCACGGAGGAGGAGAGAGAGCUGAUCAAGGAGGUGAAGGGCGCGGAUAAGGAGCCGCGUAGGCCGGCCGCACCGGCGGAAGCUGUUGAUUUCGGUCCUCGGAAACAGGAGAUGAGCGACAGAGACAAGAAGCGCCUUGAGGCAGUAGAGAGCUUCUACCACCAAGCAUUGCCUCAUUUGCAAUCCUUGGUCAUUGUUUUGCUGCGACCAGUCUUUGCUAAUGUUGCGGCCAUCGUGGCGCAACAAGGCCCGCAAGGCCCUCAUAUGAACCAGGGCAUGCCGGGCCGCAACGGACCUGGAAUGAACGGCGGGCCUAAUCCUGACAACGGGAGACCGCCGGCGGACGCCCCCGAGCUGUCGCCGGAGGAAGUGGAUGCUGCCCGAACAAGAGAGAUCACGACCAAGGCCAUGUCUGGCAUUCUGGUCCUGUUACUCAAGUGGCUUAGACUCUCACAUAUUUUACGGUUCGAGUACAUGACUCAACUUUUGUUGGAUUCCAACUAUAUCCCGCUUGUGCUCAAGCUGUUUGCCCAUCAAGACGUACAGCAGGUUGUCGACAGCAAAUUAGACCGCCUAGAGAAUAGCUUUUUCCAAUUCUGCAACCUUCGAUCUCGGUUCAAGGAUAGGACAGAUAGUGACCUUGACAACGAAGAUGAAGACGAUGAAGCUGAGGACCAGGCAAACAGCGCGCCCGAGCAUGAAAGCGAGGCAGAAGAAAGCGACGACAGUGCCGCACCGCCGCCGAUUAAGAAGUACCGCUCGCCGCCAGCCGAGGUGUCGACGAGCGAACAGCCAGCAGAGCCGCCGGGCCGUUCGGCCGCCGUGGAGGAUGGCGGCAACCAGGGGGGCAGUAUGCGGCCCGAGGUCGACGAGCUCGGGUAUCCGGUGCACGACCUCCCCACGGAGCCCAUCACCGACUUUUCCUGGCGCAACUUCUUCUCGCUCAUCAACUACCUGCGGUUGAUGCAAAAAGUGUGCAAAGGAAAAGCGCACCGGAACCUGCUCCUGGUCCAAUACAAGUCGUCGACGAUUCUGCGGCGGGCGCUCCGCGUACCGCAGCCCGCGCUGCGGCUGUACACUCUCAAGCUGUUCAAGAACCAGGUACCAUACUGCGGGCGCAAGUGGCGGCAGAGCAACAUGCGCGUCAUCACGGCCGUCUACCUCCACUGCCGGCCGGAGCUGCGCGACGAGUGGCUGGCGGGCAGCGACGUGGACGCCGAGGUGGACUCUGCGCUGCCUCUGGAGCAGGCGCUGCGAGGGCUGACGCACUGGUUCAACGUGAGGAGGUACCCGGACAAGACGCUGCUGGCGCCGGGCGGUGAUGCGGUGGGCGAGGGCAAGGAGGCGGCGCGGAAGGAUAGGCGCGGGAGCAUUGCUCAGCAGGACUUUUUCACGCGUGAGCUGGAGAGGCUGGACUUGGACUGGGCGGAGGUGAGCGGCGACGAGUCGAUGGGCGAGAUGGAGAACUGGUAG